GCUUUUCGGAGGCGCUGCAGGACUCCGGCUGCUGCACGUGAGCAGCGUUUCAGCGGCGCCCUGCCCAGGACCGACUGAGGAGCACUACCGCUACGCAGAACAAACUGCGGGGAAACCGGCCGCCACCAGAAAACCGCAGAGAAAGCUGGAAAACAACCCAACCCACCUAUCGCGCGCUGGCUUUCCAUUUCUGAGGCUGUCCAGCUGAGCAAGUCCCAGAGGAGCCGCAGUGGCUCCAUCUCUCACUCCGUAAUUAGUGUCCCCGGCGAAUUCCUGCUCGCCUUCCCCCUGGGUGUGCUCGCCAUUUGGGCUCAGACCCUGCCAGGCUCUCAAAAGCGGACUCCGCGGAAAGCUGGGAGAGAAGCGCUAUUUUUGAAGUGAAAUUCGUUGUUCUGUUGAAAGCAUCCAAGAUCUGAUCAUAUUAAGGAACCGCCUCCUGCCCCCCUCUUAAAGUCACCAAGCCAUAAUAUUUUGCCUUUCAGUUUCCCCCUCGCGGCGUGCUCUGCUUAUCUAAACUCCCACCGGAGGCUGGAUGCGAUUUCAGCACAUUGCUGCCAAUUAAAUGCCGCAUUUCAAAACUGUUUGUAUUUAGCAACACAAAGUCAGUGACCAGCUCCUUGGCAGGCCAGGCAGGCGCUGUUGAGGGUGGGCUUUAACUGUGCAGACUCAGACAUCCCGUGCACGGUGCCCCUCAUUCAAAUCUUUGGUUCCCUCCCUCCCCUUCAAGUUUCCUCUGAUCGGCUUUGUUACACUUGAAUGUCUAGCAUUAGCUGUGCCGGAGGCAGAGGUGCUCCAGCAGGAAGAGGCAUGUGAAACUGUUGCAUCUUUUUCUCUCUCUUCUUUUUCUUUCAAGGCCAAAGAACUUAAACUUCCUGAAAUAGUUGAAUAGAAGCUGAGCGGACUUUUCUUCUUUCCCCAGGAGCUGGAAACUGACUAACAGUUCAAGCAAGGCUCCAAAGCAGAGAGAGAGCAGCGGCACACUUCCUCCAGGGGACUCCCUGGACUUUCCCCUCUCCCCCAUUUGUCUCUCCUGGGAGGAGCCAGCAAAAGGCACAUUGUAAAAAUAAAAACUGGACCGGAGCCGGCAAGUUGUAAAAUUCUAAGUGGUAUUGGCCAGAUCGCGGCGGAUAAAAUAGAAACUCCUUCACUCCCUGAUGUGAAAAGUCUCAGGAGAGAGCUGAAACAUUUCUAGCAGCGGUCAUCUCUUAUUUCCUUCUCCAAAAGCCGCGAUGCAGCCCUAACUUAACAUAAAAAGGGGGCUGAACCCUUGGAUUUGAAGGAAGGAGGCCCAGUGUAUGCCAGCGAGAUCACAACAUUCAUACCCUCCUUAGUUUGAUCUUCAAGAGGAGAAGACUUCUGACCCCUUGACACCUUUCAGUCCAUCUGAAUCUAUGACUGGGGGUUCCACCCUAGCCCCACCCUUUGCUGUCCCAUUCCAGAAAAUGGGUUCAUUUCGAAGGCCCAGGCCUCGCUUCAUGAGCUCCCCAGUGCUCAGUGACUUGCCACGUUUUCAAGCAGCACGACAGGCUUUGCAGCUUAGCUCCAACUCUGCGUGGAACAGUGUUCAAACAGCAGUGAUAAAUGUGUUCAAAGGGGGAGGCUUGCAAAACAAUGAACUUUACACCCUCAACGAAAACAUCAGACGUUUGCUGAAAAGUGAACUUGGAUCCUUCAUCACAGAUUAUUUCCAGAACCAGCUCCUUGCGAAGGGCUUGCUGUUUAUAGAGGAGAAGGUUAAGCUGUGCGAAGGUGAGGAUCGCAUUGAUAUCCUGUCUGAAAUUUGGGAUCACUUCUUCACAGAGACCCUUCCCACGCUCCAGGCAAUAUUCUACCCUGUCCAGGGUCAGGAACUGACUAUCCGCCAGAUUGCCCUGCUCGGCUUCAGAGACUUGGUCUUAUUAAAGGUGAAGUUGGAAGAGAUUCUUCCUCUCGUCCAAACAAAGCUCCCAGCUUCCAUUGUACAGAUGCUGCUGGUUCUACAGGGUGUCCAUGAACCUACAGGCCCCAGCAAGGGCUACGUACUGCUGGAAGAGCUGGUCAAACAGGUGGUCUCUCCAUACCUGGGCUUGUGUGAGGAUCAUAGCUUCCCUGGUGGUACCUGCGCACUCGAGAGACGGUAUUCCAGAUCUCGUCCCAAGGCAAACCUGCUGAGCUACUCUUCCCAUAGCAUGACGGCUCGGCAACCCAGCGAAAUGGCCCUGACGCCACUGACGGAGCAGGAGGGCGAGGCUUAUUUGGAGAAAUGUGGCAGCAUCCGUCGCCACACUGUCGCCAAUGCUCACUCGGAUAUCCAGCUGCUGGCCAUGGCCUCCAUAAUGCACACAGGGAUCGUGAUAGAAGAACCAGACAACAGUGACAAAUGCCUCCUCCUGCAGCCCAGCUUCAGCCACAGGCAAUGCUCCAGUGAGCCCAGUAUCACUGAUGGGCCGGAGGGACUGGUAGCAACGGGCAGGCAGGAACCUACGGAACUGAACUGCACAUCUGUCAGCUAGAAGGGAUGUCCCCUCCAGGAGAGAGGACCAUGUGCAUUAAACCAGACGAUGGGCGGUUGUAUUCCUGCUGGGAAUGUUGGAGAACAUGAGCCUUGGGGAUGUAUUUGCUCAUGUUGUUGGAACAGUCUAUAUUCUCAUGUCUCUUGGGAAGGGCGCCCUAGAUUUUUAUCUGACUUUCUAGGAUCAUUGUCAGUGGAGGUACCAGGCUGCUCCCAGCAGAGCAUUCAGGACUGCAAGGGUUUCAGUGUUAAAUGCCACUGUCUCUGUGUUCUGUAGAGCUCCUUCCUGAGCUGCUCAACAUCCAAGUUCCACAGCUGUAGCCUCAGGUUCCCUCCCUUUUCCUUUUUGUGAAAGAAAUUAAUCUGAACGUUUUUCAGUCUCAUGCCGAACUCCUUGGUCUCAUUAAAUGGAGCCCUCCUCCAACUUCCAGCAGCAAUUGGAGAGGACUGUGCUGAAAGCUCACUUGGUCCUUGCCCUCUGUUGCUAGGAUGGUGAUGCCUGGGGUUGAGUUUUUCUUUUAAAUGUAUUGUACUCAGGGAUUAAACUUUGUGAGUCUUGUGGAGAA